UUGUUUAGAUGGAAAUUUUAAAUUUGUGUGUAAGCCUAUGUUUAGUGAAAAUAUUAAUUGAUACAAUACAAUAAUUAGUAUUACUUCGGAGAAAAACGAUGAAACCCUACUAUCCGGAAGUCGUCUGCUGACAAUCGGUGUUAGAGGUUGGCAACGCUGCGGCAUUACGAACAGGCUUCUUCGGACUGGUAACUGCUGAUUGUUGCGAUUGUUUGGGUUUCUAAAACCGAAGGUGCCGCGUAAUACGUGUCAACACUAAUACACUUGCAGUUACCACCAAUUUUGCUUCCAAUUAGAUGCCAGUCGAUGUCAAAAUUUCGACCGAGAACGUUGUUAUUGUUGCCGCGCUUUCGCCAAUCUCUCAGGCAACUGCACAGGAUUAACAGACAUUCUGACUUUCUAGAAACGAUCCAUAGCAAUAGCCAAACAUCAUAAUUGCAAUGUCUUAUUUUAUUUAAAGUCUAAAUGGAGAGAUCCGGAAUGUCGUCGAAACAAAAUGAUUCUGACCAUGAUAUGAAAUCGCUGACCCACUGGCAUGAACUGAUGGUAGAACGGAUAAGUCAGCGCAAGAAAGUUUUCUGUGACACUCUAAAAACCAAAAUGAUAAAUGACAUUAAUGCCUACAUGCACAAUUUAAGGUCCAAUACAACAUUUGAUACCAUCCAACAGGACCUUGUAAAUAUUGUUACGGGGUAUGACUAUGAUGUUGCAUCCCAGACUUUUAUUGAUGGAAUAAUUUGUGCAGCAUUUGAGUUGUUUUGUCAACUUAUCGUUUUUAAUUCAACCGAAUUCAUUGCCAAAGCUCGUACAGCUUUCACUUUUCCCUCACUUACUCGACCAACACCAUCACCAACUCAUGAAAAAGAAGUCAAAAUGCCUUGUACUUCAAGCACUACGGACAAUUUUAUGCCAACUGCUGGUAGGAAACAAAAUUUAAACCAAAUAAUUAGCCAAUCUGUUCUAUCAAACAUGAGUGCCUUAAACGGGGGUAUAAACUUAGGUGAUGUAAGUGCAUCUAUAAAUAAAGACAUCGCAUGUUCUUCUCGUAAUAAUGUAUCUGAAAAAAGUAAUUCAAAUAAUGGCAUUGAAAACUCAACUGUUUUGACCGCUUCACAAAAUGUUUCACCAAACGCCGCGUCUCAAGCUAAUAGUGGUUCAAUCAGUAGAGGUCAAACCUCCAAUUCAUUGAAUUCUCCUCAAAGCCACUCACAGGACUCUGUACCUAUUAUUGAUGAAAAUAUAAAUACAGAAUUCCCCAAUGAUAUAUCUCCCAAGGUCGAUGACAAAGUUCAAAUAAAAUUUAGGGAAAAUGUUUCAAGUAAUUUUCUGGAUUUCUCUCAAGUUAAGGGAGAAAAUGACAGUACUGAUUCAUUGUUUGAUACGGACGUUAUGAUUAGUACUGAUAAUUCUAAUAUGAACACUGGUAAUACAAUUUUAAUGGAAGUAACAAGAGUAACUGAAGAUUUAACUACAGUUAACAAUACAAAUACAAACAAUAAGUCAAUGCAUAAAAAUGUAGUUAAAGUUAGAAUUUCAAAACCUGAAAAAUGUGACAAGCACAACAGCAGUAAGAAAGGUAAUAAAAAAGAAAAAAAAAAAGAAAAAACCAGAAAAAAAAAAGGUAGAUCAAAGUCUAAAAGUAAAAAAGAUAAAUCUAACUGGGACAAAAAUAAAUCAUUAGAAUUUGAUAACAAGUUAAACAAAGUAUUAUCGAGCGUCUCAAACUCUAGUGCAGUGGUACAGUCGGACUUGAGUAAUUCAGUAUCAGUAACCGAUGAUUUAUUUACAGAAUUUAUUAAGAAAUCGGGUGCAACUGAAAAUAUAAAUGACAAUGUUGCUUGUUCUGAAAAUCCAAUAACUUCAGAAAUUACUGAUUUUAAGAUUACACAUUCAGACUUAACGACCAAAGUUCAAAGUACAAAAGAUACUUUUAAGCAGGCUGAAUUAUCUAAACAAAUAGACGAGAACGAAGAAAAUAAAGAUGAUGUUAAAAAAAAAGACAAGGUUAUAGCAAUAAACACUAAAAAACAGUAUGAAAGAGCAAAAAAAGACUUAUUUCUUCCGGAUUUCGUUUUCAGUCCAAUUCCAAAAAAAUGUACAAAUCAAGGAAAUGAAAAUGCAAAUAUUGUAAAUGAAAAUACAAAUAUUGGAAAUGAUAAUACAAAUAUAGGAAAUAAAAAUAUAUCCGAGAUUGUUAAUAAACCAGUUACAAAUAAAAAAUCCAAAACCAAAAAACGCAGAAGAUCGUUUUCUCUUCUCAACAUAAAAAGGAAAAAAAUCCAACAUGAAUGUAAAGUAGACGAAACUAAAAUGGCAGACACACCUGAAACAUGUCAACCAGAACCAUUAACAAAUAACAAUCCCGAACAUCAUACCAGCUGCAAUAAUUCUGAUGAGCAAAAUAUAAUGUACGAUUGUGAAAACAGUAACGCGACACUUACAUCACAAAAUGGCAUAGAUACUUCAUUUAAUAACAAUAUUUCAUUAAACAACGAUUCAAUGCCUGAAUGGAUGAAAAAGUUGUGUGACGUUCACAACAUAAAAAAAUCAUACGUAUUACUUACAAAAUUAAAAAUUACAAAAUAGUUUCUACAGGGCCCUUUAUACAUUUUGAUAAAUGGUUUUAAAGUUGUUGGUUACAAGUGUUUUAAAUUAAAUUAAAAAUUGUAUUAUAAUAAUGUUUAUACAUUAUUUACAUAAUUAUUUAUAUUAAUAUACAUUGUUAUACGUUAUAAGUUAUAACAUGUAUAUUAUUAGAUUUUAU